GGUUUGUGCAUUAUUCGGAUUUGGCGUUAGUUGCUGUUAUCCAGAUUUUCUAUUUUUAUGUGGAAAUGAGUCAUAGUUGGUAAAUGAGAAGCAGAGUAAGCAAAUUACGGAGAUACCUCCAGAAGAGUACAAAAUGCCCCUGGUAUGGAUUGACUUGGAUCUGACUGGUGAGGGUAAAAUAAUUCCUUGGAGUGAAGCUCCUUAUAAGGAUGCUGCAGGGAGAACGACAUCUGGGAAUUUACCUCUUAAUGCAUUUUUGUCUGAGUGGGCCCUCAUGACACUGUUAAAUCCAAACCGAAGUUUGGCGAAUUUGAUAUAUGUUGGAUACAAUGGCAGUCCUGCUUCAGCUAUCCAUGUUACUGGAAGAAGAUCAGUAGAUCGUAAAAGGAAAAAAACGGAAAGAAAUGUUAGCUGCUUUGUUUUUGGUCCUAAAAAUGCAGGAAAAUCCCUUUUUUUAAAUUCAUUCAUAGGAAGGUAUGGCUUUCCCCCUUCACUAUACUCCGUAUAUUAUAAAUGUGAAGAGAAAGGGUACCACCAUACCUAAUCCCAUUUUCUGAAUCUUUGGUAUAACAAAAUUUAUUGG